CCGCCCACAAGCCCAUCGACUCCAUGUUUGACCCGGAGAUGCUCGUACAGGGGCCUUCCUCGAGUCCAUGUGACAAGAAAUCGAUGCAGGUCCCAAUUCUCGCCAAUCCGUUUGUGGGGGUUCCCGUCCUUGCCGCCCACACUGUCGGGUACCGCCGUUGCAGCCGGCACCAAGUCGCUCACCUUUCCUGGAGCCCCCCAGCGACAGCAGCAGCAGCAACAACCUCGUGAGUAUGAAGUGUACCUCAGCAACAAUUUGACCAUUGCUAGCAAGAUCCUCCAGACCCACGGUCACCAGCGGCAACCUUUUCUCCGACUCUUAACCACUCGACAAGCACCAUGAGCUGUCUCGCCAUUGCCUUUCACAACAAUGGCGACCGUGUCAUUGCACCCGCGCGAAACCCCGCAAAAAUGGCCUCUCUCAAAGCCAUGGGUAUCGAUCCUCUGCAGCUUGACGUCCUCUCAGAAGACUCAGUCAAAGCGGCAGUUCAGGCCACUUCCCAACUGACAGACAAUUCGCUCGACAUACUAGUCAACAAUGCAGGAAAAGGCUGCAGCACUCCGCUGAUAGACGCCUCGAUAUCUGAAAUCUCCGGGCUGUUUGAAUUGAAUACUACAUCCGCCCUCCAAGUUGCUCAACUACCCUCAAGACCCUCGACGACGACGAGCCAGCCCCAUCAUGGUCCGUGCCUAUAUACUGCUUGUCUCCAAGCCCCUUUGCCGCAGAUGCCUAUGCCCAUACUCUGACCCUCCGUGAGAGAAGAGAUCGGCCAAUUCAAGAGUGAUGUUUACAUUAGACGCGUACAGAAACGCGUAGCAGGAAGCUGUAAGAGUCUCCAGGUGUGUGCGAUCGAGCAAAUUACCCAAAUACCCUCCCGCUAGACCGUCCGUAACGGUCAUCGAUGAAACCUACUCGGCCGCGACUUUUGACAAAUGGGAAUAAAGAGAAGAAGAGCGAGAAAUACAUGUGGAGAUUCGAGUUACAUUCUACAAUUAGGCGGCUGCACUCACUUCGUCCGGACAGAGACAGUACACACCGACUUCCGCGACGCGAUACAGGAGCGCAUUUCAUCGAAAUACGUAGUCGAGUCUAGCCGUCCCUCAGUCAUAAAUUUCCGAACAGGUGACUGUACCUCUUGCCAAUCAAGGCAAACGAGUGGGGACCAUGUUGCGAAUUCAUUGCUGGAUAUACACAACUUCGGAUGAAGCGGUGGGUGUCUCGGUCAAGGAAUGUGGGAAGCACGAUCGAUCAUUGACCAGCCUAAAAGAACCAAAGGACAGCAGGCUACUGGUCCGGUUCACAGAACAGUGAGUGAUCGUCACGCAAGAUCAUACCCUUGAUACGGAACUCCAGGAAGACUCAAUCGAUUAUGAGUCUACGUUCCCUUGAUCAGGGGCGGGAGAUAAACAUACGGCGGACACACUGGAUGCAAUGCCUGUAAGACGAAGGAAACAACAGGAAUGAAGACGCUUGUCUUCUCGAAUCCCCUACGCCAAGGGGAUCAGGUUGCUUUCCAAGUCUUUUGCGGGAUCGCUAGCAGUCGAGCGUGCGAGAUUCCCCCUUUCCCGUUCUCGUUGGGGUGACGGCCAACUUCACCUGUGGUUGGGCUGGUAUGGUAAGUGAUGGGCACACGAAACCCGAAGCAUUCUACACAAUCAAUGGACCAUGGGUCGUUAUUGCUAGUGUGUGCCGUGUCGCUAUCCUAGAUUGAGAUUGCUUGUUCACCCGCACAAGAUUCUGUUACGCACCCCCCCC